AUGUCAUGUUUGAGUUGGCAGCCACCAGACAUGUGGUCUGAAGCACAUGGUAUCAGCACUAGUCCUUUGAUGAAAAAGGUGAAGGUUAUUGAUUGCUUAUCUUGCUGUGAGGUCAUAAUAUUCUCUCUAUGCACUCAGCACUUCUUCAAUGGGUAUUAUGAAGGACGGAUGUAUCAAAAUCUAUGGCCUGAAAUGCUUAAAUUGAAUGACUGGCCUAUUUCAAACCAUUUUGAAGAGCUUUUGCCUUCUCAUGGAGUUAAAUACAUCAAUUCUUUGCCUUUUCAAGCAUACACAAACUUGAAGUCUGGUUUGCUGAAUGUCUCAACAUUGCUUCCUGAUGACAUCUUAAAGCUUGACAUGGGACCAAAAUCAUAUAUAGCUUAUGGCUAUGCACAGGAGCUUGGUAGAGGAGAUUCUGUUACAAAACUUCACUGCGAUUUGUCUGAUGCAGUUAACGUUUUGAUGCAUACUGCCGAAGUUAACCCUUCUGAGGAACAAAUAAACGCAAUAAAAAGCUUGAAAAGAAGACAUUAUACAACGCAGAAUGAAAAUGAGUGUUGAGGGAAUGCUGCAUCAGGCGAAAAUUAUACAUCUAAAAUCUGUGAGGAUGCAAAUGACUUGGCCUGUCCUAUAAAAAGUGAGUCCGCCGAGGAAGGUGCUUUAUGGGAUAUUUUUAGGAGGGAAGAUGUUCCAAAACUGAAAUUGUACCUUGACAAGCAUUCUAAGAAAUUUCGCCAUAUAUACUGUUCUGCAGUUCAAAAGGUAUGUAACCCUGUACAUGAUGAAACAUUUUGUCUAACAAAAGAACAAAAGAGAAAGCUCAAAGAGGAGCAUGGAAUCGAGCCUUGGACAUUUGUACAAAAACUUGGGGAGGAAGUUUUCAUUCCUGUUGGGUGUCCUCAUCAAGUACGGAAUCUUAAGUCCUGUACCAAGAUUGCCGUGGAUUUUGUAUCACCCGAGAAUGUUAAGGAGUGUCUCAGCUUAACCGAGGACUUCCGAAGACUUCCUAGGAACCACAGGGCCAACGAAGACACAUUAGAGGUAAAAAAACUGGUUCAUUAUAAGAUUUCAGAAUCACUAAAUAUAUGUUGA